GUGAGUAAACUUACUUUUUCCGUGUUCCUACCACAAGCAAAAGUGUGUUAAAAACAGGUGAAAUCCAUAACCUUAGAAAAUUGUCAAUUGUCAUAUAAUACGAGGAGCGUACGUGUCUUUAUCUCACGCUUAAUUUCUGAUAACGACGUCGAGCAAGAAAAAAAAAUAAUAAAUCGGAAAUCGGGUGUGCAAGUGCUGUAUACGAGAAGCAGUGUGAUAAAUUCAAACAAAGGAGUACCCCAUAAAAAGGACACUCUUUCGACUCAGCUAAAGAUAUCAAUUAUUUGAAGCAGCAACUAAAAUCCAAGCAGCGUUCCGCGGACACAAAAUCAGAGCAAAAAUGAAACAAGGUGAUGCCAAAGACAACGGUGCCGAACGCGAACCAACAAAGGAAGAAUUAGAAGCGGAAUUCGAUUUGAAUGAUCAAGAGCUCACUCAUGCCGCCACGAAAAUUCAAGCGUGUUUCCGAGGGCACGUCGAACGAAAGAAGAUAACGACAAAGGAAGACGACAAAAAGGACGAAGACAUAGACAUUGAUGAGAUUACAAAGAAGGUUGCCGAAGAGCUCGACAUUGACUUAGACGAUCCCGAAUUAAAUAAGGCAGCAACUAAAAUCCAGGCAACAUUCCGUGGCCACAAAACACGCAAGACAGAAGCACCUGCCGAAGGGGAAAAUUGAGCGUUGUAAACACGCGAUUUGUGUAAUUUUUAAUUUUAAUGAUGAGCAGAAAAAAUUAUAAUUAUAGAAAUAUUAAAAAAAAAAAUAAUUAAAAAAAUAUAUUAAUAAAAAUAAGGGACUUUCACUUAAAAAAAAUGCUGCUUUAAAGAAAAAAAAAAUAAUUAAAUAAAAAAAAAUAAUUAAAUGCUCUUCAAAGCAAACCUGUUUCUUAGGUCUCGAAUUGAUUACUUUUAAUAAAACUAAAAAAAAAUGUUAAAUUAAAAAAAAUCGUCCUAAUAAAAAAAAUGAAAAUAUAUAAUAUUUUAACCCCUAAUAUUAACAAACAACAAAAAAAGGAACCUAAUAAUUAAUAAAAUAAUAAUGAAAAAAAAAUGAAUGAGUAUAUAUUUUCUACCUUUUUUAUUGUUUUUACACGCUCCAUCUAAAUUAGUCGGGCACCUUAGUCUUUUACACCUUUUAUGACGAGAAAAAAAAACUAAACAUAAAUAAUAUUAUAAUUAUUAACUUGGCAAGUAACAAAAAAUAAAUAAACAUGCAAAAAAUAAUAAUAAAAAUAAUCAAAGAAAGACAAGACAAUUAGUGCACACCUUCACCUAACAUUAUUAUUAUUACUUUUAUUAUUAGAUUAUAUUCAUUAAUUAUUACAUACAUACACAGUAUGUUCAAUCAAUAAGCUUAAAUAUUAUAUUACAUAUAGUUAUACUAC